UGCAUACGCAAGGCGUUGAUGAUACUAAUUCAGAGGAAUGUAUAAUAGAAGUUGAGGAUACCACAUCUGCGGUCGAAUCUGUAAAUGAAAAUAUACGUGAAGUAUCUGUAAAUGAGAAUGUACGUGAAGUAUCUGCAAAGGAGAAUGUGCGUCAAGCAUCUGCAAAUGAGAAUGUAUGUAAAAGAGUCAGCGCACAGGGAGACUGGAAAACUCCACGUUCAAAAAAGAGCCGCUUUUCUGAGAUUUCGGAUGUAGAAAGGGCAAUUGAUAAAUUAUCUUCAAUUUCUGCAAAUAAUUCAGCCACAGAGAGUGACAAUGAAUUUGAUCACUUUUGCAAAAGUCUGGCAGCUCAACUUAACCGAAUGCCUUUGGAUCGCGCUUUACUUUGUCAGGAAAAACUGCUAAAAGUAAUGACUGAAGAGCGAAUGUAUUUAUUCAGAUUGGAAAAAUCUAGGCAGAAUGUUUCUCAAUCUACGCCACAGUGGACCUACUCCCCCUCGCCGGAUGAUGGCAUGUCAAACUCGAUAACAUCCUAUGAAAUAAAUUCCUAUUCUGAGACUUCCACUCCCACGGCUUCACCAUUUACUCACUUGACACAUACUACUGACCUGUCGAAUUCUGUACCAAAUGCCACUCAAGAAGAAACAUAUGCAGAACAGCCAGCCGGGGAUAUAAUAUCCCAAGCCUUGUCUACUAUUGGUUAUCGGUAAAUAAAAUGUAUUGUUUUAUUAUAAUUUUUUCAAUAAAAUAAAUGUGUGUUAUAACAAUGAUGAUGUACCUUGUUAUUUUAAUGUAUAUAGGUAACUAUACUUACUUUUAUAUAUUCUUCAAGAACCUUGUAAAUGGCAGCCAAUACUUCUGGUAAAAACCGAGAAAUAGAACAUUUUGGUAUACGGUAUAAUGCUUCUAGUGUUGCAAAGCAAUCUCCUGAUGCAACAUAUCUCAGUACGAUUUGCAGUUUUAGCCUGGGAGGAAGACUUUCUCUCAUAUUUGUGUUUUGCCUCCUAAUUAGUGGCGUCACUUUCUCAAGGAGUUGUUCAAAUUGCACUGUAGACAUUCUUAAAUGGUUUUUGAACAUUGCUUGAUCUUCUGCAAUCCAUUCUUCCAACAAACAAGUUGAUGCCCCCAUUAUAUUUCGUCGAUUUACCCACGGCCUGAUCCACCAACGCCUAUUUCUUCUACGUUUUAUUUUUUCCAGUUUGCUCGAAAGGUAUUCACUAAUUACCGCAAUUCCUACACGUACAAUUAGAUUAUUCGGUGCCAUUUUGGAAUGAACUGAAUAAUUCAAUUUUGUUGAUCAAUGUAAACCUCUUUUUUUAAAAUGGUCAAAUUCACUCUGGAUGAUUCAUCCAAAGUGAUCAUCCAAAGUGAACCAUGUAAAUGCGCCUUAAGGUUUCCUAUGGCCAGUGGAAUCGCAUUGCAUGUUCGUCAAACGACGACUACUGCUUCCUCCGUCAACGCCAACAACCUUAGCACCGCGAAUACGUCUAAUGCCGCCGCCGCUCCUAUUAAUUCAUUUUUCCAAAUUAACCCAACCAAUGUCACUAACGUAAAUAAUAAUAAUAAUCAACAAAAUAAAAAAAGCGAUACUUUAACGGCCGGCGACUUGCUGAAUUCGAAAUCGGUAGCGCAAUUAAUUGGUGCCGAUAGAGCAUUUUCAUUUACGAAAAAUAUGACCACUUCGCCCGCCUUCUGGGCUGACGAACGGAAAAAACUCUUCGCCAUGAUCAGGCAAUUGGGCAUUCCCACGUUUUAUAUAACGUUAACAGCGGCGGACGCUCGCUGGCCCGAAUUAAUUUCCGUUCUCGGUAAGGUACUGCAUCAAAAAUCGUAUUCCGACAUCGAAAUUAGCGAAAUGUCAUCGGCGGCGAGGACGCGUCUCAUCCAAAGCGAUCCGGUAACCGUCGUUCGCUAUUUCGAUAAUCGCAUUCGUCUAAUGAUGGCUGAAAUGCGAAAACGUGACUUCUUUAAGUCAUCCGUUGUUGGUUCACAUCCCCCUCCCUCCCAUUCCGAUAAUGAAACUUCUCUACCUCCUUCUUCACGACACAGCACUUCCGCUGCUGAUCCCAUUGACGCACCUUUUGCUAAUAAUACAAAUCGUCCUGUAACCGUCGUAUAUCCUUUGGCAGAUUAUUAUUAUCGUGUCGAAUUUCAACAUCGGGGAGCACCGCACAUCCACGGUGUUUUGUGGCUCGAUGGAGCACCGGUGUAUGACGGCACGAAUGGUACCGACUGUUCGAAGUUUAUCGAUAAUUUCGUGAGCGCUUCGUCAUCUGGCGAAGGUCUUAGAUAUGCCACCAACGUGGAAGCGUUGAUGGCAUAUCAGAGACAUACCCAUUCAAAAAGUUGUGGCAAACCUACGACAACUACUACCGCUACUGUUGGUGGCAGCGAUGUUACCAAUCGUAGUGCCGGUAGUUGUCGUUACAAAAUUCCUUUUUUCCCGAUGCGUACAACAAUGAUUUUGUGUAGCAUCGAAGAGUCUUGCGUGACCGGGCCGGACCGGGCCAAGGCUAAGGCCGAUCUCAUCAAGAUUCGCGCCUAUCUAAAUUCCGCAUUCGAUAGUGGCUCGUAUCGACGGGAACUAUCAUUAUCGAUGAAUUUCGACCAGCUAUUAAAUGAAUUGGGGCUGACCGAAUCCGCCUACGUUCUGGCCAUUCGAUCAGGUUUAAAAAGCGGCUGCCCCAAAGUUUUUCUUCGACGUCGCCUGGCCGAUAUCGCUACCAAUAACUACUUUCCCAAGGUCUUGGACAUGCAUCAAGCUAACAUGGAUAUGCAAUAUAUAGUGGACGCUUAUAGUUGCGUCAGCUAUAUCGUCAACUAUAUUAACAAAUCCAGCUUGGGUAUGUCCAAGUUGAUGUCCGAGGCGGAGGCGCACAUCAAAGCCGGAGAUAUCGAUACCAAGGCAAAGUUGCGAAAAUUAGGGAAUUUGUUUUUAAAAUCGUCCGAAGUUUCGGUGCAGGAGGCCGCCUACCACGUUUGCGGUCUUCGACUUACCAAUUCAUCGCGCAGUGACGUAUUCGUCAACACGUUUCCCAUUGACAAACGUGUGCGAGUUGCCAAAGGGAAGGCGGCGUUGAGGGAAAUGGACGCUGCGUGUACGGAUGUUUUCGAAAGAAAUAUCCUGGAUCGGUACGUCGAACGUCCGGAUUCGUUGGAGACCUUAUGCUUGGCACGUUUCGCCACCGAAUUCACGUUUUUUUCAAAAAAUGUUAGGGGGGCGUUACCUUUGCGUAACGAAAGCGGGUACGUAAAGAGGAUGGCCGCUGGCGGCCGUCGCAAAAUUUUACGCUACAGAAAUUACGGAGAGCUUUGCGAUCCGGUUAAUUUCUGUCACGAAAAUGUAAUGCUUUUCGUACCCUACAGAGACGAGCAACGCGAUUUGAUACGUUUCGUCGAAAACGGCGAAAUCAAAUCGCGUUAUUUGUCUCUUCUCGCCGACAUUCUUCGCGAAAAGCGUGAUUUCGUUAAAAUUCUACAAGAUAUGGACGAGUUGGCCGAUCAAAUUGUAGAUGAUAAUUUGCAUCGACCAUCCCAUCGACAUCAUAACACUACUGGUGACGUUAUUAUCGACGACGAUCACAACGUCGGCGACAAUGACGACAUCGAUGGCGCAGACAAUUUAGGUAAUGGUAGAAGAGAAGACAACGUGUUGCAAGCAAUUUACGAUGAUUCCACGCGAUUCGGAGGUGGUCGUAGCGGGGAAAAUUGGGCCGACGACAGCUUCGAUUUGUUGUCCGGACUUAGCUCUCAAUUGCGGCGAAUGGCGGCCGCUGGAGGCAGUAACAAUGAAGCGUGUAGAGAUUGUCAAAGUCUGGCCGACGAAUUCGAUUUUGUCGCUCGGGUCAAUUGCCGUUUGCCACCACUUCCGACCGUGGAUGAACGUGUGGGAAAGUCUCAUUUGAUUAAAACUAUAGAAAUGGCCGUUCCCUAUUAUUUAGACAAAUUGUCCAAGGCCUCUUACUAUUUCUAUAAAAAAUCCUCUUCCUCGACAGCUGAUCCUUCCUCUUCGUCGUUGUUGCAGCAGCAACCAGCUGCUCAACAACCACAACAUCAGCCGCCGACUAUCGCUCCUUCUCGCGAUAACGUCGGUAAAUAUAUGUAUCGGGUAUUUAACGUCGAUAAAAGAUCAAUCGUACUAUGUGCCCCGACCGGUAAAGCCGCAUUUAACAUCGGCGGUGUGACUAUACACUCCGCAUUCCGACUGCCGGUCAACCAAUACGCCGGACCACUCGUUGCGCUUUCGGACGACGUAGCCAAUACUCUCCGAACAGAGUUCAAAGGCUUGAAAUACGUCAUCAUAGACGAAAUUUCGAUGGUGGGUGGUCGAACUUUCCAUGAGAUCGAUUGCAGAUUGCAACAAAUCAUGGACAAACAAUUACCACCCGUCGGUGACGGUUACAUAUUCAACCAGCCAAAUUUCCGAGUAACUCCUUAUGCGAACAUCGUCGGUAAGGAGGGUUGGCUGUGGCAACUUUUCAAGUUCUUCGAAUUGGUAGAAGUGAUGCGACAGAAAGACGACGUGCCAUUUGCCAAGGCUCUCAACAAUCUGGCCGAAUACAGGAUGUCGGCCGAUGAUAUUCGUCUGUUGGAGUCGAGGCAUAUUAGGGCCAUGAAGGCGACGUCUGUCAAUCCAAUUGUCGCACUACCGCAACAAGAGGUCAUACCUCGAGACGCCAUCCGUCUAUUCAGAACCAAUGCCAGCGUACAAAGUCAUAACGACACCGUCUUGGCUUUGCUCCAAGACGAUGUCGCCGUUUCCGUGGCCGUUGAUCUGGUGAAAGGCACGAAAACGGACAAGCUGAAGAAACAAUUUCUCAAUAAAGUAAGAAAAUUACCUAUCGGCCAAACGUUCGGAUUGGCGUUGACCGUUCCUUUGCAUGUCAACGCUCGAUACAUGAUAACCGUAAAUAUCGAUAUAGUCGAUGGUUAUGUACACGGUGCGUGUGGUAUUUUAAAGAAAAUCCAACGGCGUGUACCGACGACGGCAGGUAAUCGUCGUCGCGGUGACGGAGCGGUCGUUAGCUCACAACCGCCACCGAUUUCCGAAACAAACGAGAUUGACGUCGUGCGCGGUGAGGACGGAGAAGCCGCCGGUGAUGACGUAUUCUGCGUUUGGUUGGACUUCGGAGGUGGAGCGAACGACAUUAGUUCCAUCGGAAAAUUAACCCGCGACAAAUACCUGAGCAAAGUGCGUUUGAUCGAUGCGGAUUCACGUCGUGGACUUUGUAGUGAUGACAUCCUACAAAAUCCAACGUGGGUUCCGUUGUUCAGAUGCACGAGACGUUUGAAAACUCUAAAGGGAUUCAGUAACGUGUACGUCGAACGGAAACAGUUUCCCUUGACGCCAGCCGAGGCAUUGACCGUUCAUAAAAGCCAAGGUUCCACGUACCCGUUGGUGGCUCUCUGCUUAGAGAAAUGGUUAUGUAAAAGUCAUCUGUAUGUCGGUUGCAGUAGAGCAACCAAAUCGUCCGGGCUGUUUUUAUUCGGUAAUAAAUUCACGGUUCCCGUUAAAACGCGAAAGGUCGAUGCUUGUGACAAGGAAUUGGCGUCGUUGAGAAGUGACCCCGAUCGACAAUUGGACAUGAUUAUGCGUGACAUGUUACGGAACGAAGUCGCGGACGAAGUAAUUUUUCCUCCUACGACGUCGAUUGCAAGAUCGUCGGCGACGAAGAAUUAUAUUCGUCCCGACGUACGUGUGGUUUACCACAACGUACAAAGCUUCCGGAAACACGAACGCUUAAUCACGUCCAAUGCACAGUUUUGUCGUUCGGACAUACUGUGUUUCGUCGAGACGUGGUUACUCGACAGCGAUGUCGUUUCCUUCGAACAUUAUCGACCUGUUUAUCAAAUAAAUCCGCAUCAAAAUUUUGUUGAUUCUUCGUUUCCACCGUCAACCGUUCAUGCUUCUUCCGUCGUUCCUCCUCCCCCUCGAACGACAACCACUCAUCCGACAGGUGGACGAAAACCGUGCGGGAUUUUAAUUCUAACUAGGACGGAUAACAUUCACCGGGUCAAUUUCGUCUCUGAUAAAAUCCGAAAAACCAACCGCGGGGUGUGUAGUUAUAUGCACAUCGUAUGCUGCGAGAUUUUAUCGGCUUUUUAUAUCUAUAUAUUAUAUUUACCGACCACGGCGACGAUCGAGGAAUCGAUGGAAUUCUUGAAAGAAUGCGUUAAUUUCGACCGACCGUUGGUCAUAGUAGGUGAUUUUAACGUAGAUUACGGGAGAAAUAGUCUGUUGAAAAAAUUCCUAUGUGUUGAUUCGUCGUUAGUUAAUUUAUUAGCUACGACAGAUAGUGCGACAGGCCAACGCACAGCUACAUCUACGACAAUGGCGAAUACGAGUAUAGAUUGGUGUUUGACCAAUACGAAUUUUACUUUGGCCUGUGUAGGGGAAACCAUUUUUAGUCAUCACAAACCUAUCAUUCUCAAUUCUUAUACUUCAUCGCAAAAUCCACGUUUCAGAUUAAUGUCUGAUCUUCUACGUCGAAAAGGGUGGUUACCGUGGUCCACCUCCGAUGCCGCACCUUCCUCUACUGUUUCGGCGGCAAAUAAUUUACCAAAUAUCAUAAACAUCGCAGGGAAAUCGAAAUCUUCUAUUAAUAUUGUUUCGGUACAUACCAUAAAACCAGUAAAUCCCGUACCACCGUCGAAGCCGUUACGUUCGUCGUCUAAGAAGACGACGAAUAGUAAAAAAGCCGCUGUUGGGGCCGCAACAGUGGCUAAGUCAUUAACAUUUGACGAACCUUCUUCCACGACCUCACUUGCCGGUGCUGUUGAUUUAGUCAACGUCAACGAUCGACUGGUCGACGUCGAUGUUGACGUUACCAAUAUUACACCCUCAACACACACAGGUAAAACAAAAAAACGACCAUCAUCAACACCAUUAACACCCCCACCACGAUCGAAACGAUCAAAGAAACAGGAACAGAAGCGACAGCGUCAAACUACUAUUAAAGACAUUCCGAGUACUUCGACUAAAAAAGUUAAUCCCAUAUCGUCGCAACUUUCUGUCGUAUUAGACGCGUCCAUCAUAUCUCAAUAUAUGGAAUCUUCUAAUACCGAUAAGGUAAAGGUUGUCGAGAAAGAAAACGCUCCAUCCGUUACUUCCACUUCCCCCCGUCAACGAAUUGUUACGCCGAGUAACAAUUCCAUGUUUUCUAAACGUUUGAUUAUUCCAUUGGUUCCAAUUGACGCCGCUGCUAUAGGUCGUAAAGGUGGUGAUGUUGAACAACAACAACGACGACGUUGUAGUCUUCGAUUGUCGUCGUCUUCUACUAGCGGCGUGGAUGUUGAUGGCGGCGAAUGUGAGAGCAGCAAAAGCGAUCGUCGUCGUUCUUCGACGUUGAUUGGCUUUCGUAAUCGCUGCCUCCGCCGUCGCAACACCGGUCUUAAUAAUGCGGACGGAGUUUCAUGUUAUGCCAAUUCUGCUGUCAAUUGUUUAUUGAAUUUGCCACUUUUCGUUAGAUACAUUCAGGCAAGAAGAUCCGAAUUUGACAGUUUGUUUAUCGAUAUUCUAUCCAUCCGAUCUGACAAUACGUUGGCAAUUCGUCGUGCCGUAGGCGGCACAUUUGUCAAUCGACGCCAACAAGAUUGUCAAGAAUUUCUAGAGUCGUUGGUGCCUCUUUGUCCGCCCCAGUUUGUCGAAUCGAUUGAGGUACGUUCUCGAACGGACGUUAUAUGCGUCCGAUGCGAGCAUUUGCAAACGUCGAACGACGCAGAUAACGUCCGAUUGGGAAACGCGACUUUAAUGGUACGACCUGCUGUGGCCGGCAAAAGUCCAUACCGUUUCCAAAAUUUAUUCAGAUAUCGUACUUCAGAGCGACGAAAUUGCGAAAAUUGCGCCCAAUCUUCUUCUUUUGUGUCAUCCAACAAUAGGGCGACAGUUUUCGACAAUCGUAUUCGCCUCACUUCGAUUCAUUCGUAUUUGGUCUUAUGGUUUGUUAAUUACGACGACACCGGGCGAAUUCAAAGGUACGAUUGUUUCGGUGACGAUUUCAAUCCGGACGAUAUUGUCAUCGAUAACAAACGAUUUCGUUUGAAUUCUGCCGUCUACCAUAUCGAAUGUCAGCCACCCAUUCAAAGUCAAGCCAUCAGUAUUACUUCAACAGAUGAAACCAAAACGGAAACAAUAACAGCCAAUGAAAACCAACAAAUAGCUACCAAAUCUGAAUUGAGACCACAAACCAUUAUUGUUCAACAAAAAAUAGAUGCUUUUGCUGAAAAAGAGCCUGAAUUUAACAAAUUUGUUUCGCUGUUGUGUCCUUCCUAUAGGUUACCCACUAGAAAAAGACUUUCGAAAAGUCUCCUACCUCAACUGCAUUUAAAGUUGAUGCACGAAGUCGAAAAUUCAAUUGCCAAUGCACCUGCAAUAUGCCGUACAACAGACGGCUGGACGUCAAUAAAUAAUCAGAGUUUUAUUGCUGUAACAGCUCAUUAUAUUGACACUGAAAGAGUUAAAUUAUGUUCCAAUUUACUUGGUUGCUUAGAAUAUAAUGAUAGCCACACGGGUGCCAAUCUGUGUCAGUUCUUGAGAGACGAAAUGUUAAAAUGGAACAUUCAAAAUAAAGUAGGGGCUGUAGUUAGCGAUAAUGCUGCGAAUAUUCUUUUGGCGGUACAUCUAGGAGGAUGGAGAUCUAUAGGCUGCUUUGCACAUUCAUUAAAUUUAACAGUUCAAUCUGGGAUUGAACAAAUUUCUGAUACUGUGAAAAAAGUAAAAGAUAUUGUGGAGCAUUUUAAAAGAAGUUCGAAAAGUAUGUAUAAAUUACAAGAAUUACAAAAACAGAUGGAUAUGCCCGUUUUAAAAUUAAAGCAAGACGUUUCGACUAAAUGGAAUUCUACCUACGAUAUGCUAGAUAGAUUCUUGAAGACAAAAAACGCAAUCAUUGCCACAGUUGCCUUAGUCAAAAACGAUUUAUCUUUGACUAAUGAAGAUUGGGUAGUCAUAGAAGUAGUACCGGUUUUAAAAACAUUUAUGGAUAUAACAGUCGAAGUUUCCACUGAGAAGAAUGUAAGUCUUUCUAAGGUAAUUGUUUAUUGUCGGCUUCUUAGGCGGUACAUUGAUCAAUGUUUAAAUGGAGUGAGAGAGCAACAAUACUCUGAAAAUGUUCAUAAAUUAUUAACGGUUCUUCAUGAGCAAAUUCACAAACGUUUUUAUAAUUUAGAAAAAAAUGUACUUUAUGCAGAAUCUACAAUAUUAGACCCAAGGUUUAAAAAUAAAGGAUUUCGUGAUGAAUCAAAUUAUAAAAGUGCAUUUGAAUCUUUAAAAUUAAAAGUUGGGGUAGCAAUAAAUAUAUCAUCUACAGAAUCAUCAGCUGCAAGUACAUCUGCUCAAAAAGAGGUGGCUCCUGUAAUAUCCACUUCUACAUCUGCGGUAAAUAAGACAGACUCUCUUUGGAAUGACUUUGACAUGGAAAUUGCCAGCUUAGUGCCAGAAAAUACUACUGCAGCUGGAAUAGUUGAACUCCAAAAAUAUAUAAAUGAGCCCAUUAUAAAAAGAUCUGAAGACCCUCUACUUUGGUGGCACACUAGAAGAUGCGUGUAUCCUAUAUUGUAUAAAUAUAUGUUAAAAAGACUUAAUUUAGUGGCAACUUCAGUUCCUUGUGAAAGAAUUUUUUCCAAGGCUGGCCUAAUUCAGUCAGAAAAGCGAACGAGGUUGUCUUCAACAAAAAUGGAUCUUUUAGAAAAAUUAAAUAGAGAAGCUCAACUUACCGGUAAACCGGUUAUUAAAUUAUCGGAGUUGGAAUUAAAUACACCCCAUCAAAUUUUAUCACUGAAAUUUGUGAAAACAAAGUACGGACCAUCUGCAUUGGUUGAAUUGGAAACACACGUUACUUUUCUACCAAGACGAAUGAAUGCAGUAUUGAAAGGAGAGGAAUCCAAGUUUAGCAAUAGGGAGUAUUGUUUGACAUAUCAAGGAGAAAUUCAAAUUGGAAAAGCACAUCCGGCCCAAAAAUUUGAGAUUACUAAAAAAGAAGAGUAA